ACUGUCAGGCGCUGCGCUGAGACACCUAAAGGCGCGCCCCCGAUGUAGUCUUCUCUCCACGUCAGUCAGAACGAGCACGAGCACAGAGAUGUCAUCCCAGGAUUCUGAUGAAAACUACGAUUUAGUGUUUAAAAUCGUUCUCGUGGGAGAUGUCGGAGUCGGGAAGACGUGUGUGGUGCAGCGCUUCAAGAGUGGGCUGUUCAUGGAGAAACAGGGCAACACGAUCGGCGUGGACUUCACCAUGAAGACCCUGGACAUCCAGGGCAAGCGGGUGAAGUUGCAGAUCUGGGACACCGCCGGACAGGAGCGCUUCCGCACGAUCACUCAGAGUUAUUAUCGCAGCGCUAACGGCGCCAUCAUCACGUAUGACAUCACAAACAGGGGCUCGUUCAUGUCGGUGCCGCAGUGGAUGGAGGACGUGAAGAAGUACGGCGGCUCCAACAUCGUGCCUCUCCUAAUCGGGAAUAAGUCGGACCUGCCGGAUCUCCGCCAGGUUCAGUUUUCCGACGCCCAGCUCAUGGCGAAUCAGCUGGACUUCAUCAGUGCCAUCGAGACCUCAGCAAAACACUCUGAUAAUGUGGAGCAGGCGUUCGUCACGAUGGCCAGCGAGCUCAUCCUGAGGCACGGAGGCCCGGUGUUCACCGAGAGCGUCAGCGACGGCUUCAAGCUCAGCAGCAGAGACCUGGGCGGGGCCGGCUGGGGCUGCGGGUGCUGAGGACCAAUCACAGCGGCCGGCUGGGGCUGCGUGUGCUGAGGACCAAUCACACGCUGCCGUACAGCGGCCGGCUGGGGCUGCGGGUGCUGAGGACCAAUCACAGCGGCCGGCUGGGGCUGCAUGUGCUGAGGACCAAUCACAGCGGCCGGCUGGGGCU